GCCGUUCGAAAUAAAAGUCAUCUCUGAGCUUUUAUUCUACUUGGUAUCGAGUCGAUUACUCCCAUCCUCUCGACUAUCCCUGCAUCUAACCUCCACAGGAGCAUACUCUUGCUCAUCUACCAACAUGAGCGCCGAAACCGCCGUCACUGCGGUAUCAUCGCUGCCCGCCAAGCCUGAAGGACCGUUCGGACGUCCAAGCAUGUUCCACUCAUCCAAGCAAUUUAUCGAGGCUGGCGAUCUGGUCAUCCUGCAUCAGACGAGAGAUAACUUGUUGGCUAUCACCGUCACGCCGGGUCAAUUUCACCAUUCGAAAUGGGGAAGAUACGGGCACGACGACAUGAUCGGGAUGAGAUUCGGCAGUCGAAUGGCCUCCCCAGCACCACAUGCAGGCUUCAUUCACCUCCUCCGCCCGACCCCAUCCCUCUGGUCCCUCUCCCUGCCACACCGAACCCAGAUCGUCUAUCUCCCCGACAUCUCGUUUAUCAUGAACGAACUCCGUGUCCGUCCAGGCAGCAGGAUCAUCGAAGCCGGGACGGGGAGUGGGAGCAUGAGUCAUUCGUUGGGGAUGACCGUCGGCGGGGAUGUUGGUUCAGCCACAGUAGGGCAGGGCAAGGUCAAGGGCAAAGGGAGACUGUUUACCUUCGAAUACCAUGCGACGAGGUUUGAGAAGGCUAGGGAAGAAUUUGCGGAACACGGUCUGGAAGAUAUCGUCCAGCUGGAACAUCGCAACGUGUGUAAAGAUGGCUUCGGGACGGGUCCUUCCAGGAUCGAUGCAGUCUUCCUUGAUCUACCGGCUCCGUGGGAAGCUAUCCCCCAUACCUUGAAGUACUUAAGAGACGACGUCUCGACGAGGAUCUGCAGUUUCAGUCCAUGCAUUGAACAGGUAACGAAGACUGUUCAGGCCCUAGAUGCCAAUGGUUUCACUCACAUCGAAAUGUACGAAGUCCUCAUCCGUCCACACGAAGUCGUCCAGACGCCACCUACAUUGGUCUCGAUCGAGACCAUCUCGAGCCGACUGAAGCGACAAGAGGUCAAGCGGGAAUCACGUCGGCAGAUCCAGAUGGAGAUGGCUAGGAAGCGAAAUGCCAAGCUGAAGGAACAGGAAGAGGCUGGCAAGGCGGGUGGGGCAAUGCAGGUCGAUGUCGAAGACGCAGAGGAACAGGCGGCUGCGGGUUCAGCAGCAGCCGAGGGGAAACGCGCUCGGAGCGACUUGCCAGAGGAAGGCAGGGAUACUAAACGGAGAAGGACGGGUGACGCUGACCUGACCGGGACUCAUUCGGAUGAGGCCUCGCAGACGAAACGAGCCAAAUACGAUGAUCGUCGUCAAGAGGAAGAAGACGAGGACGUCUCGGCGGGUGUCUCUAGCUCGUGGAACAUCGAACGUACCAACUGGGUGACGAGAGUCGUCCCGGAAGUCAGGGGACAUACGUCUUACCUGACGUUUGCGACCAUGUUCCCCCGAUCGGUCCGGGAAGCCAUCGACAAGCGGGAACAGGAGAAGAAGAACAGGGUCAUGGUACGGACCGCCGAGUUGGCUGGCAUCCCAGUCGAGGGCGGAUUGGCGAAGACCGUAGCAAUGAGGGCUGUAGCAGGCAUGUCGUCUGCAGGUUCGCAGGCGUCGUCCACGGCGGGUAGUAUGGGAAGUCUGCCAGGGUCUGCGGACCGCACGAUCACUAGGGAAGAGAGCUUUGAUACUCAGGCGAGCGUGGGUACGAGCGAGUCUUUGCAUCGAUGACGGAAGAGGACUUUGCGGCGUUGCCAUGAUAGCAUUGUAGUGAUGUAGAGAAACUCGGGCCAUGAGGGUCCGGAGAUACGAUAUCCCUGCGUCAUGUCACCUUGAGAUCGAGUCUGGCUGUUACCUCUGAACAGAGUUAGACAUAGCUCG